UGAUAGCGCAUCAAAUUUUCCUCUGCCGUAUAGUACUUAUUCCGCCAUUGCAAAACAAACCUUGCUUUGUCACGCGUGGAUACCGGUGUGUGUGUAUAUCUGGUUUUGGGUCAAGAGGAAUCAUGUUUCUUACCAGAUCUGAGUAUGACCGAGGUGUUAACACCUUCUCGCCGGAGGGACGACUAUUCCAGGUGGAAUAUGCCAUUGAGGCAAUCAAACUUGGAUCAACUGCAAUUGGCAUCCAGACAGGAGAAGGGGUUGUCCUGGCAGUGGAAAAAAGAGUCACGUCCCCCUUGAUUGAACCUUCCAGCAUUGAGAAGAUUAUGGAAGUUGACAACCAUAUAGGGUGCGCCAUGAGUGGUCUCAUUGCUGAUUCCCGGACACUGAUCGACAGAGCAAGAACAGAAGCACAGAACCACUGGUUCACCUACAAUGAGAAGAUGACCGUGGAGAGCGUGACCCAGGCAGUUAGUAACCUUGCCCUAGCCUUCGGUGAUGAUGAUGCAGACCCAGGUGCCAUGAGUCGACCAUUUGGAGUAGCACUGUUGUUUGCGGGUCUUGACAAGAAGGGCCCACAGCUGUUUCACAUGGACCCCUCUGGGACCUUCAUCCAGUAUGAUGCCAAGGCCAUCGGGUCUGGGUCUGAGGGAGCCCAGCAGGCACUGCAGGAGGUGUAUCAUAAGUCUAUGACAUUGAAGGAGGCAUGUAAGUCAGCUCUGACGAUUCUAAAACAGGUGAUGGAGGAGAAACUUAAUUCCACAAAUGUUGAGAUGUCGACAGUAACGCCUCAACGCAACUUCCACAUGUUCUCUAAGGAGGAACUGGAGGAUGUUAUAAAGGACCUGUGAGAGAUGCUUCCUGAUGUAUGUCUGACUCAGUCAGCCCACAGAUCACAGUGCUUACAACAUGUCCCCACAGUCUCUCUUCAUAUACACACAUCUUCUUACCAGUCCAAUUUGGGCAGAGAGAAUGUAAAACUGCUUGACACAGAAGUUUCAUUUUCUGCAGUUUUCUUUUUGUUGAAAUAUCAACUUUCCAAGAGGCAUUCAAACACCCAAUUUCAAUUAUCUCAAUCUGAGAUAACCUUAUUUGUGAUCAUUGCAUCUAAAUGAAAUGUGCAGCUUCACAUGUUUGGUAUUCAUUAUUUUGCUUUUUGAUGUUAUCAUCAUUAAGUUUCCCUUUCAUCUUGUUCCAAACUGUGUCCCUGGCUGAAGAAUCACAUGUAUUUGAUGAGUGCUUGUGUGGGCUUUGUUGUAGAAGUUAUCAUCAUUUCAGUGAGAAACAUGUGCAUCCUAUUACAGUAAUUACUUUCAAAGAAAGUAAAUAUUUAGAUCAAUUAAGUCAAAAAUAUUUAAGGAGUGUCCAUUGUUUCCGAUGUGUUGAAAGUUUCAGGACAACUGGCAACAGGAUGAUGUUAUUUGUUACUUGACUGCAAUUUGUGUACAGCUUUGUGAUCGCUGACAGAUGCUGUCUUCAUUUCCAUGCUCUUUGCAAAUCACUUGUACAACAUUGUGUGAGCACAAUGUAAAUAGUGUAUUUUGAUGGUGGACUCAAUAUUAAACAUUAUCAUCAA